AUUAUAUGACUCUCAGACAGACUCUCAUAAAGCAGGCUCUUCUCAUUCUAUGACUGCAUUGGACCUCAGUGUCUGACAGAAGAGAGGUGAAGAUGACGUCUUGUAAACUUUCUUUGACAGAAAACAAGAGAAUGAAGAACAGGGCUUUGAUAGUGUCCGUGGAGAACUUCUAUCCAGGUGCGGGUCUGAAGAACAGGAACGGUGUGAAGAGAGACACUCGAAGACUUCACAAAAUCCUCAGCAAGCUCGGCUUCUCUGUGGACAUCAGAAUGGACAUCGGAGCAGAUGAGAUCUAUGAAGCAUUUAAAGCAGAGAGCAAGAAGACAGUGAAAGAGUGUUUUUUGGGAGUCAUAUCCAGUCACGGUGAGGAGGGUGUUGUGUUCGGCGCUGACGGACGUGCUGUGAAACUGGUCGAGAUCUACAGCUGCUUUGGAGGACCUUCAAUGGCAGACAAGAGCAAGCUCUUUCUGGUCCAGGCUUGUCGAGGGAGUGAGCUGGAUGAAGGUGUGAAGGUGGAGACAGACUCUUCAUCCUCAGAGGAAGAGGACGGCAUAUCUGGGCUGUUUUCCAUUCCUGUCGACACAGCAGUCAUGUACGCCACAUCUCCAGGUUACGGUGCAUUCAUGCAUCCUCUGGGCUCGGAGCUGAUUCAAACCUUUUGUAAAUUUCUAGAAGAUGAAGGAGGUCCAGAUCUGGAGAUCACAAGACUUCUGACUCGAAUAAACUACCAGGUGGCCUACAACUUUGAGUCCAGAGGGAAAACGUUGGGCGGCAAGAAGCAGAUGCCUUGCUUUGUGACUCGAUUUACCAGAGAGGUUUUCCCGUUCAGAAAGACGGCAGCAGAAGGAGAUUUGCGUUUGACCUUCGCAGCAACGCAGCUUAUCGAUGAACCCAAACGAUCACGGAAGAGCUCCAUCAGCUGAGCAGACACUGACUGCAAGAUUAUGUGAUUCAUCUUAACUCUUCUGUAGCAUCUCUCAAAGUAUCUCACAGCAGACUGAUAAUGAAUCAAGUGACGUCAUGUCACGUAAAGUUUCAUGUCCAGCAGGAAGUGAGCGGUUGAGAAAUUUGCAUAACGUGAAAUGAUGUGCAUUUUUAGUGCGUCAUGUGUUUUUGCUAUUGCUACCUCAUUAUGUAUAUAAUGUAUUAUAAAUGUAUAUAUAUUUGAAAAAAUAAAUGUAUAAAUGUAAAUAUUUUCCAAAUAUAUACUGUAUAUGUCUCAUGCUGAGCAAGGCUGACUAAUGCUACAUUUAUUAAAUAAAAUAAAUAUUAAAAUAAACAACAUUACAUAUCAUUUUUAUUUAAAUAGCUGUUUUGAUCAUAUGAUCUUUUUCCAUAAAAUAUUAUAAUCAUUUU